AAAGACAAAUAUGCUCGACAAAGAAAAGGUCCACGUCAGCAAGCCAAUAAAAACGUUUUAUUCUGCCACGUCAUAACAGUCUCAAGUCGACAAGUAUGAAAAUCUGAUAAUACCUCUCGGCCAAUAAUAAUUUUCAGUGGCCCACUUGAACCCCAUCUCAUAAAAACCUAAACUCUGAUGACAACAAUAAUUAUCUGUCAACUUUUCUUCUUCGUCGUUUGGAAUCACCGCAAUUCACCGUUAUCACGCACAACCCACACUCCCUCAUUCAAUUAUGUUCUUAACUCAUUCCUUGAUGGUUUCGUUUCAACUUCCUCUGUUUCUCCUCCUUCAUAAAAUUACCUCAUCGAAUUUUCCAUCCAAGCAAACUCUACAAUCUCCAUAGAAAAAAAUCAGGCAAUUUCUUUUUAUCAAGAGCCCUCAGCUACGUUCUGUUUUUAGGAAUCCGGUUUUGGUUUCGCUGGGCUAUAUCUCUUUAUGUGGAUGCAUUGUGAAAUGGGGAUUCAUUCAAAUUUUAAAGUUUUGGGCAAGCAAAUCCAUCUCUCUGAACCUGAAAGCAACAAGGAUGGGGAUGAUAAAAAUGAGAACACAACCAGAAGUCAGGACAGGGAAUGUGAAAAAAUCAUCACGGCAGCAACGGUAUUAAUACUUUCCAUCUAAGCACCACAAUGGAAAGUCACUACAAGAAAACACGUGAUUCCCGACCACGGGUUACGACUGAAGAGGUAGUCGCAAAAUAUAACGACUAUGACACGACUGUUAGGCGACUAAUUGGCGACGCAGAAAAACGGUCGCAGAACAGCCGCAAAUUAACGACUACAACAACCAGUCGUAGUUUAGUCGCUAAAUAACGACUGUCUGGCGACUAAUACCAUGUCGGAAAUUUUCAGUCGCAUUAUAGUCGGUAAAUAGCGACUGAUUAACGACUAUGCGUAUGUGGUCAUUCUUUCGUCGCUAAUCAGUUGGUUAAAACCGGUACAUAGCACGUUUUUUACAUUUUUGGUCGUUGUACCUAAUAUUUUUGGUUAGUCAGUCUUUAGUCGCUAAUAAGUCAGACAAUUUACAAUAUAAUACAGACGGUGUCUCCCCACAUUUCUGCUGAUAAACCGUAGAAACAAAUUUCAAAAAAACAAAAUCGUGAAAGACAAAAAAAAAGAAAGAUUGUUUGAAGUGUUACAAUGUCGGGAAAUAACAACAAUGCUAAUUUUCGAGAUUGGAUGUACAAGAGGAUCGAUGAACGGACGGGAAAUUUCUCGGAAGAAUUCGUAGCAGGGGUGGAUCAAUUCAUGACAUUUGCCAAUAGUCAGCCUCUCACGCAAAGCAACGGGGGUAAAUUUUUCUGUCCAUGUAGUGUUUGCAAAAACGAUAAAUUUCUUCUGGGGUCAAAAAUUUGGAAACAUAUAUAUAGUAGAUGAUUCAUGCAAGAUUAUUAUGUUUGGUAUAAUCAUGGAGAAGAAAUUGAUAUGGCAUUAGGAACGAGUCAUGUUGACCCGACACAUUUAAGUGGUAAUGAAGAAGUUGGUACUGAAGAUAUAUAUGUUGAUAUGGUAAUGAUGCUUUUCGUGAUAAUGUGAGUUCUGACAAUUAUCACCAGGGUGGUAGUUACCCGGAUGGUAGUUACCAGAAUGUAGUAGACGAUGCAUGCAACCAUUCAAAAAAGUUUUAUGAUUUGUUAGAAGGAGCAAAUAAUCCCUUGUAUGAUGGUUGUCGUGAAGGUCACUCGCAGUUAUCCUUAGCUGCUCGAGUCUUGCAAACUAAGGCAGAUUAUAAUAUGAGUGAAAAUGUGUGGAUUCGGUGUGCCAAAUGCUGAAUGACUAUUUACCUGAUGGAAACAUGGCAGCCGACUAAAACUAUGAGACAGAAAAGUUGAUGCGCAAUUUAGGGCUCCCAUAUUAUACAAUUGAUGUUUGUAUCAACAAUUGUAUGAUAUUUUGGGAAGAAGAUGAAAGGUGGGAUACGUGCCAGUUUUGUGGUGCAGAAAGAUGGAAGCCGAGAGACAAACGACGUAGAACGAAAGUACCAUAUAGUCGUAUGUGGUAUCUACCUAUAGCUGAUAGGUUGAAAAGAAUGUAUCAGAGCAAGAAGACUGCAGCGGCAAUGAGGUGGCAUGCUGAACACCAAGCAAAAGACGGAGAAAUGUGUCAUCCAUCUGAUGCGGCCGAGUGGAAAAACUUCCAAGGAAUACAUCCCCAGUUUGCCGAAGAACCGCGUAACGAUUAUCUUGGAUUAUGUACAGAUGGAUUCAAUCCAUUUGGGAUGUCUCAUAAUCAUUCGCUGUGGCCUGUGAUCUUGACUCCGUACAAUCUGCCCCCGGGUAUGUGCAUGAAAACGGAGUACUUGUUUCUUACAAUUCUAAAUUCUGGGCCAAAGCAUCCGCGAGCUAGUCUUGAUAUCUUCCUCAAACCUCUGAUCGCGGAGCUCAAAGAAUUGUGGUCAACUGGAGUUGAAGCAUACGAUGUGUCCUUGAAUCAAAAUUUUAACCUAAAAGUCGUGCUUUUGUGGACGAUAAGCGACUUUCCGGCGUACGGCAUGCUUUCUGGAUGGACGACCCAUGGUAAAUUGGCAUGUCCAAUUUGCAUGGAAGAUACAAAGGCUUUUUAUCUGUCUAAUGGAAGGAAGACGUGUUGGUUUGAUUGUCACAGAAGAUUUCUUCCUUGUAAUCAUCCACUAAGGAAGAAUAAAAAGGAUUUCUUGAAGGGAAAACACGCCUUAAAUGAAUUUCCACCUGUUUCUUUAACUGGUGAGCAAGUUUAUUCUGAACAUUUAAAAGGUGUUGAACCACCAAAAACGUCUUCUUGCGGUGGAAACGGUCAUGAAACGAAGAAGCCUGGAUAUGGAAAGUACCAUAAUUGGCACAAGGAAAGCAUAUUUUGGGAGUUGCCAUACUGGAGGGAUCUAAUUCUUCGACAUAAUCUUGAUGUGAUGCAUAUUGAGAAGAAUUUCUUUGACAACAUCAUGAAUACUCUUAUGAAUGUGAAGGGUAAAUCGAAAGACACAAUCCAGUCACGAUUGGAUAUAUCAGAGAUUUGUGAUCGGUCACACUUACAUGUUGAUGAUGAUGGUCAAGCUCCAUUUCCUCCCUACACAUUAGACGAAGCCGGGAAAAAAAGUUUAUUGGAAUGUGUGAAACGUGAAGUUAAAUUCCCCGACGGUUAUGCUUCAGACUUAGCUAAUUGUGUUGAUAUAGAGAACAACAAGUUCUCUGGCAUGAAGAGUCAUGACUGCCAUGUUUUUAUGGAGCGGCUACUUCCAUUUAUCUUUUCUGAGCUUCUUGACAAAAACGUCCAUCGUGCGUUAUCAGGUUCUAAUUUUUUGUUUUGAUUUUAUAUUAAAUGAUACAACUUAAUCUAUAAUUAUCAAUAAUAUUUUAAAUUUUGUAGGUGUUGGAUUAUUUUUCCGUGACCUUUGCUCGAGAACUUUGCAGAAAAAUCGUCUCCAAAUUCUAAAGCAAAACAUUGUUUUGAUCAUCUGCAAUUUAGAGAAGAUCUUUCCACCAUCAUUUUUUGAUGUAAUGCAGCAUCUCCCUGUACACCUCCCAUACGAAGCUGAACUAGGAGGACCUGUCAAUUAUAGGUGGAUGUAUGUCUUUGAAAGGAAUUUCAAAAAGUUGAAAGCAAAAGCAAAGAACAAAAGAUUUGCUGCUGGAUCGAUUGUUGAAUCAUAUAUCAAUGAGGAGAUAGCUUACUUUACUGAGCACUACUUUGCUGAUCAUAUACAAACAAAAUCAAGGUUAACAAGAUUUGAUGAAGGUGAAGUUCAUGUAUAUCAUGUUUCCGGAGUACCUGAUAUAUUUACGCAUGUUGGUCGUCCAAGUGGGGAAAUGCAAGAAAUAUGGCUUUCCGAGAAAGAUUAUAAUUGCGCACAUUCAUAUGUAUUGCGAAAUUGUGAUUAUUUUCAGCCAUUUGAGAGGAUGUUUGAAGAUUAUCUAUCUACAAAAUAUCUAGACCUCUCCGAGAAAGAACUCUCCGCAAAGAGAGCUGACGAAUAUCAUAUAUGGGUGAAAGAUUAUGUUAGUUACUGUAGUAAUACACAUAAGUUUCCUGUGUGGGUCAAAGAUAUCGCGAGUGGACCUGUGAAUAAGGCCAAAAGCUGGCCCAUCUACUUCAGCAGAGGUUUCUUAUUUUCAUACGCAGAAACAUGGUGAGGGACGAAAGACUUGUAACUAUGGGAUAUGUGUUAAAGGAGAGAGUUAUACAAAUGCAUCAGAUGAAGCUGAUUACUACGGAAUCUUAACUGAUAUCAUUCAAAUUGAGUACGAGGGGGCGGUGGAUUUGAAAAUCACACUUUUCAAGUGUAAAUGGUAUGACCCUAAAAUUGGCAGAGGCACUCGGCGGAGCAACGGUGGCAUCGUAGACAUUCUUUCAUCGAGGAAAUACUAUAAAUACGAACCAUUUAUUCUAGGUAUUUAUUAUUUAUACAUAUUAAUUAAUGUCCAUAAAUAUAUUAUUAACUUUUUAUUAUUUGAUAACAGCAUCUCAAGCACAUCAAGUUUGUUACAUCCCGUAUCCGUAUGUAAAAAAACCAAAACAGUCGUGGUACAAUGUCUUAAAAGUGAACCCGAGGGGAAUUAUUUCAGGAGAAUACGAAGACAAAGAAUCGACACUGUUACAACAAGACAAUGAUGAUGCUGUAUUGAUGACUACAAUUGAAGAUCUAGCAGUCGACCAUUUGUCGCAUGUUCGAAGAGAACCGAUAAAUCUCGAUAUUGAUGUCGAAGAUGAAGAAUCGGAAGAUGAAUUCCAAUGUAAUAAAUCUUCUGAUGAUGAUGAUGAUGAUGGUGAAGAUGGAAAAACACCAUACUAAAAUAUUUUACAAUAAAUUGUAAUUCAUAUCCCUAAACUUAUGUUAUUUUUUUUCUAUAAUGUGAAAAUAAUGUUAUGUUAGCUGCUUUUUAAUAACGUGUUUUGAUAUUGUUAAGUG